UGGGUUGAAUGAACGCUGGCUCGGGGAAACCCUUGCAAACCCCUAAAUGUUGCUUCCACUCUGUCUGGAAUGCCCUCUCUCCUCGGCCCAGACGCUCGAAUCCCGUUUUCAGCCCUAAGCUCUGUUACGUUAGUUGCCGCCGAACAGCGCGAUGUCGCUCAUCGCGGGUGAAGAGUUUCAACAUAUUCUUCGUGUGCUGAAUACAAACGUCGAUGGACGGCAGAAGAUCAUGUUCGCCCUGACCUCCAUUAAAGGAGUUGGGCGUCGUUUUGCCAACUUGGUGUGCAAGAAAGCUGACGUUGACAUGAGCAAGAGGGCUGGUGAGCUCUCCGCUGCUGAACUCGAGAAUUUGAUGGUUAUUGUUGCCAACCCUCGCCAGUUCAAGGUCCCAGAUUGGUUCUUGAAUAGGAAGAAAGAUCACAAGGAUGGUCGCUACUCCCAGGUUGUUUCGAACGCCUUGGACAUGAAGCUGAGGGAUGACCUCGAGCGCCUAAAGAAGAUCAGGAACCACCGUGGACUUCGACACUACUGGGGCUUGCGCGUGCGUGGACAGCAUACCAAGACUACAGGGCGACGUGGAAGAACCGUCGGUGUGUCCAAGAAGCGAUAGAGAGUUUAUUUUGUGUUGAUGUUUAGUGUUUUACUGGCCCUUUUCAAAGUAAAAUCCUCGUUCAGUAUCACGCUCAAAUUUCUCAGUACACACUGGUUUUGUAUGAUCAACUUUGUGAGAACUUAGAUGUUAGGGUUUUGUGAGAAACCGCUAUUUCAAAAUACUCUUCUCCCCUGCAUGUUUGUGCUGUACUUUGGACAGGUCUUAGUUUGUUUUGGUCAUAGUCAGUGAUUGUCUUUGAAGUGGAGUGCAAGCAAUAUAGUUUGAACUGUCUCCACGAAUGCAGCAGCUCGUCAGUAUUGAAAUGGAAAGUUGGGUCAAGUACUGACCUGAUCUAGUAUGACCUUUAUUCCAA